UAUCAACAAGCUGUCACGCCUUCUUUUAAACCCGUAAAUACAACUAUAUUAUAUAUUAUGUAGUAUAUUAUUAUUUCUUUAAUUUUGGAUUUUAUUGCUUUUCGUUGUUUUGCUAAUUAAAAAUUGUGUGCACUGCAAAAGUUGUUUUAAACGGAAAAGUGGUGCAUAAUGGCACUUAUCAUUUUAGGGCAGAUCUCUGUAAACGGUUUAAACUGCUCUUCUUAAUUAAUGUAAAUAAUGUUGUUUGAAUAAAGUUUUAAAGCUAAGUUUAAGCGCUAUUUACCGUGCGACAGUAAUAUUUGUUUUGAGGUUGCAAAAAAAUAAAAAACAACCAAUAGGAUAAAAAGCCCGACCUCAUGUGGCCGGAUCUAUACUGGGCCUAACACUGACCAAAAUCUACGAAAACAUCAGUAUGGAUAUUUUCGAAGUUAAGAUAAUUAAAAUGUGCCGUUAUUUUACAUUAAACAAAAUGACUAAAUUGUCCAACUACAAAUAGAUUUGAUAUAACUGGACAAACACGAAACUAAAAGAAAAGAAGAAUAUUACAAUACCUAUUAUGGUGCUGCUGUAAUUUUAUAUACGUCGAAGUAACUUAGACAAAUCUACAUACAUUUUCAAACCUUUAUCUCAGAGACAAUUUAACUGUUAACAAGAGUUUGUAAACACUCUCUUUUUUCUCCUAGUGUAUUCGCCAGAGGUUUGAUGAGUCGUCUUUCACAAGCCUAGUGUUGGUUUUAUGUUAUACUAGGAACUCAACUGCAGUUUUAUUAACGACACGUUUAUGAACAAUCAAAUGGUCCUCGUAAAAAUUUAUUGAAGGACAUAAAAGCAUGCACGACCACUUGACGAAUAUAGUCGCAGUUGUGGUGCGUUUUCAGGCGUCUUACUGGUCCCACUGCCCAGAGUUUUAAAACUCCAUUUUAUGAGGGAUACCCCAAUUGUAUUUAUUUGAAACUAGUGGAAAAUAGCAGUGCGUAAAGUCAACCCUCUCGGCACCAUAAGAGCUUUAUAUGUGUUACAUUAAUUCCAACGAGUCCUUUUCAAUUAUAAAGAAUUAAAAGUGAUACUGAAAAAGACAAUUAAAACAUAGUAUUUUAUUCCUAAUUGUUUUUAAUAAAUAACAUUAUUCAGUGAGGGGUGUGCAGAAGCAUAGCCAGAGCACAGUAGCAUUCACUCGACAGAGAUUGAUUACACCAACAAAUAGUGCCUUUUUUAAGGCGGCUAACAUGUACAGUUCUUUUAUGUAGGCUAUAAAUAAAACAUACACAUUAAACAGAUUACCAUUACAUAUUAAAACACAUUUAUAUUCAUGUAUUUAGGAUCUAUAUCAAAACACAACAUUAGAAUUUAGCGACCUACUGCAAACUCGAAGUGCAUUGCCGUUCCAAGAGGACUCGCGCAUUGAUCUGCUGUGCAGUUUUUCAGGGGGUAAAUGUAAUCACGUGUUCAGCAGACGUCCAAUCCGAGGCGCAGAAGCUUUCUGAAAUAAUUACCUGUCUUGAUUGUUCUACGGUCAGAUAAAAAAGUACACAUACACUCCAUAUAAUAAUCGGAUGCAUGUAAAAGAGAAGGGAAACAUCGCCAUGUCGGCUACGGGUCCCAUAAGUAAUUAUUAUGUGGAUUCAUUGAUCAACCAUGAGAGCGAGGAUGUUCUGGCGAGUCGUUUCUCGGCCACUGGUCCGAUAUCUUCCAGCUCACGCCCGACGUCCCUGGUACCGGAAUGCGCGGAUUACCCGUCUUGCAGUUUUGCCCCGAAACCACCAGUUUUUACUACCUCGUGGGCCCCCGUUCACUCGCAAUCGUCAGUGGUUUACCAUCCAUACACUCACCAACCUCACCUAGGCACAGACUCAAGGUACGUCCGCUCUUGGCUGGAGCCUAUCCCCGGUACCGUGUCUUUUCCAGGAUAUACAGGGAACAGUAGGCACUACGGGCUGAAGCCCGAUUCCUUCCAGGAUCCUCGUGCUGGAGACUGUUUGGGCUCGAACGGACGUACUUACACGGAUUAUCUGUAUUGCUCUGCCGUCGACAUAAGAGAAAAGCAGCAAAACACACCAUCGCCUGAAACGGAGAGUCUGUCUUCCGGAAAACACAAAGACGACAAGGCUGAAUUAGACCCAAAUAAUCCCGUGGCAAACUGGAUCCAUGCACGUUCAACCCGAAAGAAACGUUGUCCCUACACCAAGUAUCAAACUCUCGAACUCGAAAAGGAAUUUUUAUUUAAUAUGUACCUCACAAGAGACCGGCGUUAUGAGGUAGCAAGAGUGCUGAAUCUAACGGAGCGACAAGUCAAAAUUUGGUUCCAGAACCGACGGAUGAAGAUGAAGAAAAUGAAUAAGGAGAAAAACGACAGUAAAGAACAAUAGACCAAAAGUCUUUGAUUGGACACAGGAUGAAGGAAGGUCAUCAUUUCGUAUCGUCAUGGGUCUUAACAUUUAGCACCUUCAACCCAUAACAGGAACAGAGAAACCGAAUAUCCUAUAUGGAUAUAACGUGCUCUUAUAAUUUAAUAUAAGUGUAAUUUCACCAUCCUCACUUGAGUCAUAUUAAUAUGUAGUUUGGAUUUACAUAAAUGUUUCUUUAUUCUAAACACAAAUUGGACUCUACUUCGAGAGAAGCUACUCCGACGUUUCAGUGUUAAAAUACUUGAACUACUUAAUUUUCAGUGUCCUAAUUUAUGUUCUUUACGUGAUUGUUUUUUUCUAUGCUACCAUUUAUUUGUAUUUUAUAAAGAAUAUCAAAUCUGUAGUAUAUAUAUUUACAUAAUAUGGUAAUACUAAACGUGUUUGCGUCGAUGUGCUUAGUUUGUUUCUAAUGUUCCAGUUGGUGUAUUUUACAUUCUUUAAACUGUAAAAAAUGAGUUUCAUCAUAGAUUGUAGAUAUAUUCAAAUAUAUACAACCAUGUUAAUAUAACUUGUUGUGUUGCUCUUAAUUGCACAGAAAGUACACGCAGCAGUGAGAUUCAAAUGGGAAAGUGUAUCUAUGUUGCCUAUUAGCAAAGAGUCUGGCCUACACGUACAAUAUCCUCAUUCAAAAGGUAUCGAGGAUAAAAUAAGUGCACGAUCUAAAAUAUCAAAUUUUACAUCCCACAGAUCAAAUUGUAAGCGCCUCCAGUAGGCCUCAUAAACUAGCGUGCAUUAUACAAAAUAAUUUUGGGGUCUGUAUUAAAAAAGAUGCAAUUUUUUAAUAGUUUAAUUAAAUAUUUUUUUUCAAUUUGUUUUAAAUUUAAAUGACUACUUUAAAAUAUUAGUAAUAUUGUUGUUGUUUUAAAAAUGUACAUGCAUUUCAUGUCUUGGUAUCGCUUGAAAAAUAGCUAGCUAUUCGGUGUUCCAGUCUGCGGAAAUUACAGAAAUAAAAAUGGAACAAAAAUGUGAAAAUGUCAGUUUACCAACACUAUCGCCCUUUAUCAGUACAAUAAAUAUAGUGAAUUUAAAUGACAGAUGUACAUUUUCUUCCGUUGUUUAUAUAUAUGCCUAAACUCCUGGUUAUGGCGUGUUUUGGUACUGACCUUAAUUGAUUUAGACGUUCUUUAAUUACGGUUAACCUAUCCAGCCCAUGAAUUUUUCUUCAUCUUGUCUUAGUUUGAAUCUUUUAUAAGCCUAAUGGUAAUAUCUUAUGAUGUUAUUAUUUUGACCUCAUUUAUUUUCGAGUAGCAGUUGUGGUAUUGACAUAAUUAAAGUUCAUAUGUUUACCGCUAGCUUCCUGCGCUCAGCUGGAAUUGCUUUUUUGUGGGCCUUAACAAUACGAACAGGAUGCGGCGAUUUCAAAGCCCAAUCUACUACGUUUCCGCCCUGAACAAAAAUGCUAGUUUUACAACCCUGUUGAAGCUUGUGUUGUUUGUCUCAGAUGCGAACGAACAAAGCCAAGCUGGCUAACUGGCUAGACGUCUGGGCUAAAUUACUUUAUGGUUUAAUGGACGUUGGUGGUGGACCCUCUCAAAGGGUUGUGCAGAAGCUUUAAGUGCUUUAGGCUAACUAGAGGCAACAGCAGUCCACUAACACCAUAAUAUGCAUUCAGGAGUAACUGCAAAUCAUUAAAAUACCCUAAAGUCCAAAAUCUUAGAUUUCACAGGGUAUAUUUGUAGCUACAAAUACUUUCGAGACUGUAUGGGUUUAAAAGGCUUUAAACUAUGUAUUGUAAGUAGUCGUGCUAAAAGUUAAUACCUUUUUCACAGUUCAAAGUAUAGUGUCAUACAAAUAGGCUUGCUGUGGAUUUUCCCAAUUAAAUAAUUUUGCGGCACAAAUUGUGUGGCCUUGGCUCCCACUCAAUGAUAAUUUGUAAACUUGCCUACAAGCACACGAGAUGGCGCUAUUGACUCACUGUUGAAGCAUGUUGGACCACAGAUGACUGGGAGUGUACUGCAGAAAAACUGGUGAAAGAAUGGCGGCCAUUGUUAUUAAUCACUAUUUUGGCUCAAAUUUAACCGAAAGUCAUACUUAGACACACAAUAAAUUUUAAAUUUCUAAAUCAUGUAUGUAUUCCUAUAUAAAAUAGUAUUGUUUUUAAUGUGGUUUUAUUACAUCGUUUCCUUUACGAAAUCCACAGUAUUUCUUUUGUUUUGUCAAAAUCAUUGUAACUCACUUACAUUUAAAAGAAAACAAGCACGAUGCUUUAAACAAAACUUGAACACUGUGCAGUGUGGUGUCACAUAGCUGAAGUAAUUCAUCAAAUACAUUGUGAAAUAUGGACGUUUUAGUCUCGUGUGAGUUUCGAUUUAUAGAUAGGCUAUACACUGUGUAUUUUUUCUAUUUAUUUAUUUGUUUUAGACACCCUGUUAAUUAUUAAAAGGUCUGUCUGUUGAAGUUGUGCACAGCGUCGCGUGCACUUUGCAAACACGUCAAAAAACUAAAUCACAUUUACAUGAACGAAUUAAGAAAACGUUGCUUUCAUAAUUUGUCUGUAAAUUUUAAUUAAAGUAUACAUCUAAAAGUUUAGUUAACGAUUUGCAAAUUGGUAACUGCGUAAAAUUUUUUUUGAUCAUAUUAUUUAAAAUAAUACAUUAUAAAGAAUAUAACGACUAAGAAAAUUUGACAGUUAUGCUGUACUAAUUGUAAUUAUAAAAUUAAUUUAUUACAAAGAAUUGCUCUCUUCCAUAGUCACUCCUUUAACUUAUGUUCCUAUAACUGAAACAAACAAUGACCCGUAAUCUGCAUCUUUAUAGACUGUGAGAUGUCUAUAAAUUUUCUGUGUGUGCCUCGUUCCUGUUUAACAGUGAAGUUUAAAAAUUGUCAAGAAGCGUCACAAAACCGCAUGCUCAUAAUUUUGGAAAGGACUUUAAAUGAGCUUGUCUGAAAUAAACAAGACAUUAAUGUGUCUAGUAAAAUAUCAAGGCAUCUACUGCGCAAUUUAAUUGUAUCAGUGCGGCAGAUUUACAACUUUUUCUUAUGGUUUAGUAGGGCCAAGAGAGGCUUGCAUGUUCAGCUUUUCUCUCCCGUGUGUGUGUGUGUGUGUGUGUGUGUGUGUGUGUGUGUGUGUGUUAGCAAUCUGAUACAAAUCGUCAAGGUAGACGUCACAAUCCUUGUCACAAUCUGACCCUUUAAUAAUAG